AUGCAGCAAAGUUGGGCUGCCGACAAUUUGGGAAUUAACCCAAGGUUGAGAGCAAGAAGACAAGCAAGAAGAACACAACGAGGGGGUUACACAAACCCUGGUGAAUUUAAAAUAAUGAGGAAACAACGAGGUGGUACAGCGACGGCAAAUCCUGGUGAUAUAUUACAACAAGCGGUUGCAAAUGCCGUGAUGGGUGGGAAAAGAUAUGCUGCGAGACAGGCAAAAAGAGCUAAAAGACAUUUCAACCUGCAAAAACGGCAAGAAAAAAGUGCACGUAUGCGUCGUAAAAUUCAAGAAGGGGGUGGAAUAGGUAGAAAAAAUCGUAACUUACGACAACCUGUAAAUCAUAUGCCUGUAGUCUAUCAAUAUCAUCAAUAA